CAAUGGGCAGAAAAUUUCACUUCCUUUGGAGCAUUACCUGUUCCGUUUGUAGUAAAAUUUACAUUAGUGGUAUAUCCCUUCUCUUCCCAUCAACCACCUCUGCAGCAUACGAAGGGGAAUUCAAGGUUGGAGUCAUAACAUUUAAUAUGAUGCUUCAUGUCAACAAAUCCUCCGUGAAGCUUAAUAUCACUGAGCUUGCUGAAUUGAUUGCAAAUGAGAUUGAAGUUAAUGUCUCACAGGUCAUAAUGAUGAUUAUUGGAGUAGCGUUACCUUAGUCGUUGGAUUGGCAGUCGUAAGCUCAUGGUUGAUUUGGAGAUACACUCGAAGGGAGCUUUCUUACGAGCUUGUUGUUGCUGUCGGACCCGAGCAAGAGCUUGCAGCCACUAUAGAUCCCAUUUCUCUUGGAUGGAAUUGUGACUCUGUUUAUCAGGUCUAUUGUUUUGAUUAUUGAAAAUAUAUGAUUUGGUUAGGAAUAUAGGGAUGAAAUCUUGUAUACUGAUAAAGAAAGAGUUGUAGUAAAAGUAAAACCAGAGGAACUAGGAAAAGAAACCACAAGAAACAAAAACAUGUGUAGGAAAACAUGAAUUUUUAUUUAGAUAGCUUCUGUAUUUGAGAAAUUGAACCAGGGACAAAGUUGUACCGCCCUGACCUACACCCAGUGGCCAUUAUCACAGGUAGGGCUCUCAUUUUUUUAAAUAUUCAUUUGACUUGUGAGGUGAUGGACAGUGCACAAGGUAAAACUAUACGAAUCAUUUGUGUGUUAAAAAAACACCAUUUAAUAUGUCAUUUUUAAGGUUGUACAAUCCGCAGUCAAAAUUGAAGGAUUGCUUACAGGUUUAAACAUUAAAUUCGAUGGCAGAGGGGAGUUUCCCAACUCAGAACUUGGAGACCUCACCUGGGGCUUCAGGGACAAAUUUCAAUCCAUGCAUGUCCUCAGAUCCAGUGUGAAGCGGCCCCAAUUUUGUCCACGCAACCAGACGAUGAAAUCGGGGGGGAGGGGGGCUAAGAUCACAUGGGGGUUAACUUAACUUACACAAUAAAACUCAGAAUGGGAGAUAAUAGCAGAAGAGGAAGGAAGGUGGGUGGUAGUUGCAGGCUGAUGGAUUCGUUACGAUCUCAUUGUUUCUUUUUUAAAUUACUCAGAAAAUACAGGUCAGGGAGAUUCCACAGUUGCUGUAGCCUGAAAAGUGCUUUGCUUUUGCAUUGCAUAGCUUGACGAAAAUACCCCCCUCCCCGGCCACCACCCAGUUUCCCAGUUUCCCAGUUUCCCAGUUCCCACCACCUUUAACUAGUAAACUCAGCGGGAGUUGCGGCGGUGCUGAUUGGAGUUGUUGAAGGAAGUGUGCAAGUAAGUCGAGGGAUGAAGCCAAGUGUAAUUCCAAACCAAAACUCCCAACUAGAAUUGACAAAAUUUUAGUCUUUUCCGUGAUUGGCGAUGCUUAAAGCAUCAUCGCCACAAACACCUACUUUUCAACGUAGAUAUGGGAACCCAACCAGAUCGGACUUUAUAAUAUAAAUCAAAUGUUGAAACCAAUUACGAAAAAUUAUGUAUUUUAUUCAACGUUUAAAAAAUCAUGCUAAUAUCCGCGGGGUGGACCCAGCAUUAAUCUGCACACUGCCCUAUGAUCCUUUUUUCUUUUCAAUUUUUCCUUGUAAAAUUUGGUGUUGUACCGCUCCUCCAACCCUAUCUACCCUUUGGAUUUGGAUUCUUCUUCUUCGUCAUUUCCCAAGAUUCCCGCCGUUAGAUUUCGCCGCCCGGAGAUCAGUGUAGCCUCUUUUUUUUCUUCGGCUGCAGUGUAGAAGGCUACAAAACAGCCCUAGUGGUGAACGAGGAACGAUUGAAGAGAGAAGAGGAGGACGACCCAGAUCCUAAUUAUUUAAAAUACCCUGAGGCUGGAUACAGUUUUGCUUGUCUACCACCAAUAAUAUAUAACUCCAAUUCUUUAUCAUUAUUAACCCUUUGAAUCCCCUUGUUUUCUUCUGCGAGACGCCAUUCUCUCUCUCUCUUUCUCUCUCCCUCCCUUGGAUUUGUAGCUGUUCAGUAGUGAGCUUUGUACUGCUUUUUCUCUUGAACCUUUCCUGCUUCUGAUUACGAUAGUCCUUUCACCAUAUAGUUGUUGGAGUACUCUUCUUGUUUGUGCUUCACUUAGCUGUGUCCAUAGCUUUGGACCAUAGUUUGAAAUGGAGCGAAAACAAGGCUUCUUCUCGGCGCUGAAGGGGGAAAUAGUGAGAGGGCUUUCGCCUGGAAGGUCCAGACCCAAGAGUCCGGCGAGAAGUGCGUCUCCCAUGUCUAGUUUACUACGGCGGAGGAAGAGCCACCAAAUGCCGCCGCAGCCGAACUUGUUGAUUGAGAGAUCUGGAAGUUUAAGGCCGGCGGAGGCAUUGUCGCCGUUGAAGGAAGGACCCGACAAUAACGACGGCAGAGAAUCGAAGGAGGGGAAAUGGGGGAACUGGAUGAGGGGUCAGCUUUGUCGAGCACCUUCGGCUGUUUCGUGCUCUGCUCAGAAACGAUCUGAUCUGAGGCUGCUGCUUGGGGUUUUGGGUGCUCCGUUGGCUCCUGUUCAUGUUAGCUCCGCCGAGCCUCUGCCCCACCUCGCCAUUAAAGACAUCCCCAUUGAGAAUUCAUCUGCUCAGUAUAUAUUGCAGCAGUACACAGCAGCUUCGGGAGGGCAAAAGCUUCAAAACUCUGUCAGCAAUGCCUAUGCCAUGGGAAAGGUGAAAAUGAUAGCAUGUGAAUUUGAAACAGCUAACAAAGUGGUCAGGACCCGGAAUUCCUCCAAAGAUGCAGAGUCAGGCGGCUUUGUUUUGUGGCAGAUGAAGCCAGAUAUGUGGUAUGUUGAGCUUGCUCUGGGUGGUAGCAAAGUUCAUGCUGGUUGCAAUGGGAAGCUGGUGUGGAGGCACACACCUUGGCUCGGCGCUCAUGCUGCCAAAGGGCCUGUUAGACCGCUUCGCCGUGCCCUUCAGGGACUUGAUCCAAAAACUACUGCAAGCAUGUUUGCUAAUGCAAGAUGCAUUGGAGAGAAGAGUGUUAAUGGUGAAGAUUGUUUCAUCCUCAAGCUCUGUACAGAUCCUUCAACAUUGAAGGCAAGAAGUGAAGGACCUGCAGAGAUAAUCAGACACACUAUGUUCGGAUACUUCAGCCAGAAAUCAGGACUCCUUAUACAUUUAGAAGAUUCACAUUUAACCCGCAUCCAAAACAAUGGGGGCGAUGCUGUCUAUUGGGAGACCACGAUCAAUUCAUUCCUCGAUGAUUAUCGACCAGUAGAGGGGAUCAUGAUUGCUCACUCUGGUCGAUCUGUAGUAACCCUUUUCAGAUUUGGGGAAACAGCCAUGAGCCACACAAAAACGAGGAUGGAAGAAGCUUGGACUAUUGAGGAAGUAGCAUUUAAUGUCCCUGGUCUGUCUAUUGAUUGUUUCAUUCCCCCUGCUGAACUUAGAUAUGCUUCCAUGAGCGAGGCCUGCGACCUACCUCGUGGUCAUGGCUUCAAGAAUGCUAUGGCAGCAGCAGCUCAUCGGGCCAAAGUCGCCGCACUCGAGAAGAAUCACGAUGGGAAGGUGAAAGUUAUCUGGAAACCAGAUAUCUGAACCAGCAACUACACUGCUUUGCAAGGUAAGUGCAUUAUUAACAGUACUAACUAUUUAGAAGAGGAUUCAAAUCCAAUGUAGUAGAACUUGUGGUCUAUUUUACGCGGCAAUUGUAAAUAGAUCAAUAGUCAUUCUCACACAUUUUGUCUGGUGAUUGAGCGACUCGCUCUCUCCCGACUCGGGUUUUAUAUUCAGCCUCCUUGUUUUUUAAACCCAAGAAAAAGAGAUCCCUUUCGAUCAUCACCAUUGUUCUUGCUCUUGCAAUGUUAAGAGUAUAGAGUAUCAGUGAAUGUAAAUGAUCUCGUGCUCUUGUUUUUUCAAGGAAUAUACUGAAAGUCCAACCUUACAGAAGGGAGCAUGAUAUGUCUAAGUUUUCAAUCUGAAAUAAUGGGAAUAUUUUGUUUAUCAA